AUGGAGGGCGGCUCACGUUCGGAGCCGGGUACGGGCGCAGCCCCAGUUAUGGCAGCCAGGACCCCUCCAGAGCCAAGACCCUCUCCAGAAGGUGACCCCUCCCCACCGCCGCCACCACCACCAAUGUCAACCCUGGUGCCCGACACUCCCCCAGACACGCCUCCCGCCAUGAAGAACACCACUAGCCCCAAGCAGCUUCCACUGGAACCAGAGAGCCCCCCGGAGCUGGUAGGGCCUAGGCCAGCCCCCCAGCAGGAAGAGUCCCCUUCCUCAGAAGUGAAGACCAGGGGACCCACCCCACCAGCCACGGGCCCACGGGAUGCCAAGCCUCCUCGAAGGAGCAGCCAGCCAUCCCCGCCAGCAGCACCCACCUCCGACAGCCCUCCCACCAAGCAAGACGUAAAGAAGGCAGGAGAGAGACACAAGCUGGCAAAGGAGCGGCGGGAAGAGCGGGCCAAGUACCUGGCAGCCAAGAAGGCAGUGUGGCUGGAGAAGGAGGAGAAGGCCAAGGCACUGAGGGAGAAGCAGCUCCAGGAGCGCCGGCGGCGGCUGGAGGAGCAGCGGCUCAAAGCCGAGCAGCGCCGGGCUGCCCUGGAGGAGCGGCAGCGGCAGAAGCUGGAGAAGAACAAGGAGCGCUAUGAGGCAGCCAUCCAGCGGUCAGUGAAGAAGACGUGGGCUGAAAUCCGGCAGCAGCGCUGGUCCUGGGCAGGGGCCCUGCACCACAGCUCCCCAGGACGUAAGACCAGUGGGAGCAGGUGCUCCGUGUCGGCAGUAAACCUGCCCAAACACGUGGACUCUAUAAUCAACAAGCGGCUCUCAAAGUCCUCUGCCACGCUCUGGAACUCCCCCAGUAGAAAUCGCAGCCUGCAGCUAAGCCCGUGGGAGAGCAGCAUCGUGGACCGUCUGAUGACGCCCACCCUCUCCUUCCUGGCACGGAGUCGCAGUGCGGUCACACUGCCCCGAAACGGCCGGGACCAGGCCGUGCCCCUGUGCCCGCGCUCAGCCUCCGCCAGCCCGCUGACGCCGUGCAGCGCCCCCCGAAGCGGGCACCGCUGCGCCCCCGCCGGGGAGCGCGGGGAUCGCCGCAAGGCCGGCGCCGGGGGCAGCCCCGCCCCGGCUCGCCUCCGGCCCGAGGCCUCGCCGGUGCAGAAAAAGGAGAAGAAGGACAAGGAGCGGGAAAACGAGAAAGAGAAGAGUGCCCUGGCCCGGGAGCGCAGCCUCAAGAAGCGCCAGUCGCUGCCUGCUUCUCUGCGCCCGCGCCUCUCCGCUGGCAACGCGGAGCACAGUCCCAAAUCCAAGGCCCGGCCAUCCUCUCCCUCCACAACCUGGCACAGGCCUGCCUCCCCCUGCCUCAGCCCAGGGCCAGGUCAUGCUCUGCCCCCCAAACCACCAUCCCCCCGAGGCACCACUGCAUCACCCAAGGGGCGAGUUCGGAGGAAGGACGAGGCAAAGGAGAGCCCCAGUGUGGUGGGGCCUGAGGACAAGACCCAGAGCAAGGGCAAGGCCAGUGACGAGAGGGAACCUGCAGCCCUGGCCUCACCGGCCCCCUCGCCUGUGCCCUCACCCACCCCAGCCCAGCCCCAGAAAGAGCAGCCCACAGAGAUCCCUGCAGAGACAGCUGUCCUGACCUCACCCCCAGCCCCUGCUCCCCCGGUGACUCCUAGCAAACCCAUGGCUGGCACCACGGACCGAGAAGAGGCCACUCGGCUCCUGGCUGAGAAGCGGCGCCAGGCCCGGGAGCAGCGGGAGCGGGAGGAACAGGAGCGGAGGCUGCAGGCCGAGAGGGACAAGCGAAUGCGAGAAGAGCAGCUGGCUCGGGAGGCCGAGGCCCGGGCGGAACGGGAGGCGGAGGCCCGGAGACGCGAGGAGCAGGAGGCUCGGGAGAAGGCGCAGGCCGAGCAGGAAGAGCAGGAGCGGCUGCAGAAGCAGAAAGAGGAGGCCGAAGCUCGGUCCAGAGAAGAAGCGGAGCGGCAGCGUCUGGAGCGGGAAAAGCACUUCCAGCGGGAGGAGCAGGAGCGGCAAGAGCGCAGAAAGCGCCUGGAGGAGAUCAUGAAGAGAACUCGGAAGUCAGAAGCUGCUGAAACCAAGCAGAAGCAGGACAGAAAGGAGGCGACGGCCAACAAUUCCAGCCCAGACCCUGCGAAAGCUGUGGAGGCUCGGCCCUCGGAGCUGCAGAAAGAGGAGCUGGCCCCCCAGGAGCCUCAGUGGAGCCUGCCAAACAAGGAGUCGCCAGGGUCCCUGGUGAAUGGGCUGCAGCCUCUGCCAGCGCACCAGGAGAACGGCUUCUCACCUAAGGGACCCUCUGGGGACAAGAGUCUGGGCCGGACACCAGAGGCUCUCCUGCCCUUCGCAGAGGCAGAAGCCUUCCUCAAGAAAGCUGUGGUGCAGCCCCCGCAGGUCACAGGGCCAGGCCAGGCAGGACCAGAGGAGGCAACAAAUGCCCUUCCCUCGUCCUCGCUCCCUCCCAGCCACUGCUCCAGGGCUUCGGCCCUCUUAGAACCGCCCAACUCUUCGUCCGCCUUCUUCACCAGCUCCGCGCGCGGCUGUGCGGGUCAGCUCGGAGCUGCCGGGGCCAGAGGCAGGGCCAUGGCCGGGGUCCUGGCCGAGGGGUCAGGAAGUGUGUGUCCAGUUCUGGCCAGUGACUCACCCUAUAACUGUGUGCUCUUCCCCUGGCCUCUCUGUGCUCCGCUUUCCUUGCCUGCAAAUUAG